CUGCUUGUUGCUAGGAAACCGUUUUAUCUCAGUACACAAAUGGGAGAUACACAUCAGCUGGAGCCAAACGUCCAUUUCAUAUAAACUAAGAAGACAGCUUUUCGACAUAACUGUCACACCAAAAUAAACUGAAAUAACAGUGUAAUCAGGCUCACAGUAAUUAAUAACCAGCCCGUGUUUGGACAUAACCGGAUCCAGUACCAUGCCCGAUGUUGAAGUUUUAAAACUUCCUGCGAGGGAAGGCGGAAACAAUAUGCAAGAUCGAGGGCAACUGCAGAGAACGUACUCCAGCCAAACAUGUGUGGGGAAAGCAAUGUGCAACAUCCAGGAACUGAUGGACAAACUGGAACACUGGUCCCAACAUGCAGCUAUUGAACAGAAUGAAGGAAAAAAUAAAAACAACGGCACCUCAAGGUUUGAUUCGGCCUGUUUGAAAACGCACACGGAGCUGUGUGUCGAAGGCAUGGGGCUUUGUUUUGAAAAUGAAACGUCGUGUCCCUUCUGGAAGGGGACAGGUGGUGUUCUGCUGGAGGUGGUGUCACUUAUCAAGCGCCUGGAGUCAGAUCGGCAAGAGGCCAAGGAGGCACUGCAAGAGGAACGGCAUAAAGCACAGCGCCUGAGAAGAAAACAGGACACUCUUUCUCUCUGGAAACAACAACAGUUUCCCGUAGUGGUGCAGCUAGAAUACGAAGCCUGUACCCGAGACAUCGCAGAGCUGAGGUGGCAUCUUAAAGUAAAAAACCAUCAAAUGCAGCAAGUCAGAAACUUCCUGAAGCAGGCAGAGACACAGAACCAUCAUCUGCUCCAGAAUAUUGAUUUUGUAAAGAAACAGGAGCCACUUGUGAAGGACAAAUUGCUACUGGAAGACGAAAACACGAAGCAGAUAGCGUCAGCUAGGACAGAGGCUCAUGAGGUGCUCACAGAGCUGUCCCAAGAGCUGAGAAAUUCCCAGCAGGAGCUGGAGAAUGAUGAACUGCAGGUGAAUAAGGAAAGAGCCGCCAUAACCCAGACGCUGAAAACCCUCCGGACUGAGCUACAAGAGCGAAUCACUGAGCUCCAGCAGCUGAAGUCGUCCUGGGAUGUUUCUUGUGCCAGAAUGCGAGAGACCGAGGAGAAGGUGGUGUUUACAGAGAAGCAGGUUGACGCCAAGCUCCAGCAGAUCGUCAUGCUAGAAAGACAAGAGACCAAACUGAGCAGUGCUGUUAUGGAACUUAAAGCACAAUUACAGAGUCAGGAGAGAAAACUGGCAGACAAGCAAGCUGACUUUACAAACUUUCUCAAACAGCUCCAAGCAACUAGGCAUGAAGGAGAAGCAAAUGUCUGCGAGUCAGAGGAGAUCUUCAGCAGGAAGCGUCAGGAGCUCCAGCGUCUGCGUGAUAAAAAUAAAGAACAUGACAUGGAAAGCGAGGACUACAAUAAGAAGAUCUGUCAAAGCAAGCAGGCAUUGCAGCAGCUACAGAAGGACCAAAAGCGUAUAUUGGAGAAGAUCAGUCAAAAUGAGAUACAGGCGGAUCAGGCCAAGGGUGAGCUAGCACUGCAAACUGCCCGACACACAAACACCAAGGCUCGGCUGGAGAACCUGGAGCGGCAAACACUCGAGAAGGAGCAGAGCAUGAGGAAAGACACAGAAGUUUUGAAGAUGCGUUUGAUGAGUGAGAUGAAGCUGGUAGCGGCCAUCAAGGGUAACAUCGCCUCACUUCUGACAGAGUAUACCAUGACAGAAGCCGACUGUGAGAGAGAGAGAGAGCAGGUAGAGAAAGAACACCAAGAGGCCUGGUCUUCACUCGUCAAACUGGAGACAGAGAUGGUUACACUGAGAGAAAUCCACACCACUAUAUGUAAAAAAAUCCAGGACUUGAAGAGGACACUGAGUGACGUCUUGACUGCACACAAUGCCCUGUCUGAUGAGCUUGACCAGAGGAAGCGUGCCUGUCUCGACCGUCUGCAUUCAGCUACAGAAGCCCACAAGACAGUCUUGGUGAGACGUGAACAGGUUUCCAGAAGGACCGAGGAGCUCGAGCAAAAGUGUGAAGAAUACAGAAAGGAAUCAGUAGCAAUGGAGGACACGGUUAGAGCCAUGCCGCAAGUCCUGGAAGAAUUACAGAAUGAAUCUGACACGAUGGAGUAUAAGCAUAACCUGAUCAGCACAGCGAUGUGUAGUCUGCAGAACGAGAUGGCGGCCUGCAGAAACCGGACAUCCCUUUCAAAAGCAGCUCACUCGUCACUCCUUUCCCAGCGGCAGGCUGUGACGCAAGACCUGAAGGCUAAUUUGAGGAAAGCUCUAAAAGAGAACGCGGCGUUGGCGCAGGAAUACAGGGAGCUGCAGAAAGCCGUGAUGGUUGCCAAGCGAGAAGCCGCGCUCACGUUGAGCGAGAAAAACAGAGCCGAGGUCUCCUUUCACAAUAACACACAGCUUUCAUUGUUGCAGAGGAGGAUGCACAAAGCCAUGCUGAAAUACUUCAAACACCGCAGCGUCUACAGCCAAGCAGAGCUGGCCGGUUUCCAGGCCCUCUCCAACCAGAACAAGCAGAAAAUGAAAGCCCUCCAGUGAUCAUCUGCAGGUCUCCAAGCGCCCGGGCCCACCUGGUCGAGAACUCGCCCAUUAGAAGCCCAUAUGUGAGAAAGAAGCAGCAGCAUAUCUACAUUUCUACACCAACGCAACACCCCUGUGGGACACACACACACACACACACACACACACACACACACACACACACACACACACACACACACACACGCUUCUCUUACUAUACUUCUGAGGACCUUCCACUGACAUGCCGGUAAUUAAAGUUAUGCUACACCUAAAUCUAACCCCAGCUCUCACCUCAGGAACCACUAUGAAGACUUUUAUCACAUUUAUUUUAUUUAUUUAUUUUUUUUAAAUAAAAGCUGAAGAUUUUGAAAAUGUUUAAAAAGCAUUUUUCCUCAGAGGGAUCAGCCCCCAAAUGUCCUCAGAAAAUCUUGGUUCACACUGAGACUACAACACACACACACACACACACACACACACACACACAGAGUAUAAAAGCUAAUUUGUCUCAUUAUUGUGCUGUUGAGUCAAUCGUAUGGAAAAAGUACAUUUCCAUUUCCAUUUGUUACUGCAUUUCAUUUCCAUGUUUACUGAAUAUGAUAAAGAACAAAGGGAAUAUGAAAAAUCACACGGUUUAGCCAUACGGUAUAUACUUUACAAAAAAAUGUUCAGAAAUCACUUCGUACCGUUGUCUGAGAUCGGGUUAUAUGAUGAUGUCAAAAUGACAGAAGUGCCAAUAUUUAUGCUUUAACUGCCACUUACUCUUUUUGACACACUGCUAUCUUACCUUGUUUUGAUGCUAUGGAGCAGAACAGAAUUCACCCAGCAAAAAAGCACAAUGACUGAAAGGGAAAGGACGCGAGACGUGGUGAAAUACGCGUUCCUGUCACUUUUUUUUUUUUUUUUGACUUUGUGCAGGUGAACUUUGACCCUUGGAAGUGUUCGGGGGAGAGAAUCCUGUUUUUUUUUUUUUUUUUAAAGACAAUAGUUUUGGAUUUUGUCGUGGUAAUAACGUUUGGUUAAAUUCUGUUGUUCGUGAUCCAUUUUAGGUGUCGUAUUUUUUCGAUUUUCUACUAGAAUUAGCGUUUUCAGCCUGAUUCUGUGUUUUUCUGGGAAAAUAAU